UCUGUGUCGAUGGCAAUCCAGCAACAGGAGGUUAAGCUCUUUAAUCGCUGGUCGUUCGACGAUGUCGAGGUCAGUGACAUGUCUCUUGCUGAUUACAUCGCUGUGACUCCUCCAAAACAUGCUACAUACCUUCCUCAUACUGCUGGAAGAUAUUCUGGUAAGAGGUUCCGCAAGGCUCAGUGCCCAAUUAUUGAAAGACUUACCAAUUCUUUGAUGAUGCAUGGCCGGAACAAUGGAAAGAAGCUUAUGGUUGUCUGCAUAAUUAAACAUGCUAUGGAAAUUAUUCAUUUGCUUACUGAUGCAAAUCCAAUACAAAUUGUGGUUGAUGCGAUCAUUAACAGAGGGAGCACGCCGCGCUCAUGCAAGCCCAGAGGAAGUUUCAGAUCGCCCACUACGGGAGGACUCCGGCCAAGAUCGAGGAGUUGGCGGGUUCUAUUGAGUGUCCCGACAUUGCCAUGAGCGCCUCCCAAGAAGAGAAGAAGUGCAGCUUCAUAACACUGAGUUCAGAUCCUGUGUAUGUUGCUUAUCAUGAUGAGGAAUGGGGAGUUCCAGUUCAUGAUGACAGGAUGUUGUUUGAGUUGCUUGUUCUAACAGGAGCUCAAGUGGGGAUGGACUGGACUACUAUACUGAAGAAGAGGAAUGAAUUCAGGGUGGCAUUUGCUGAAUUUGAUGCAGAGUCUGUCUCCAAGUUCACAGAGAAGCAGAUGGUUUCCAUCAGUGUGGAACUGAAGCUGGAUUUUGGAAGAG